UUUUGUCCUCCCAGGGAAGUGCAACUCUCUGACUCCACUGAGCCUUCUCAAAUGUAUAAAAUGGAGUAUUCUUACCUAAACUCCUCCGCCUACGAGUCCUGUAUGGCCGGGAUGGACACGUCGAGCCUGGCAUCGGCCUACGCGGACUUCAGCUCGUGCAGUCAGGCCAGCGGCUUUCAGUACAAUCCCAUCCGGACCACGUUCGGGGCCACCUCCGGCUGCCCGUCACUCACGCCGGGCUCGUGCAGCCUGGGGACCCUGCGCGAGCACCAGAGCAGCCCGUACGCUGCAGUUCCCUACAAGCUCUUCACCGACCACGGAGGACUCAACGAGAAGAGGAAGCAGAGGCGCAUCCGGACCACGUUCACCAGCGCCCAGCUGAAGGAGCUGGAGAGGGUUUUCGCCGAGACCCACUACCCGGACAUCUACACCCGCGAGGAGCUGGCUCUCAAAAUCGACCUGACCGAAGCCCGAGUGCAGGUGUGGUUCCAAAACCGGCGCGCCAAGUUCCGCAAGCAGGAGCGCGCGGCCGCAGCCGCCGCGGCGGCCGCAAAGAACGGCUCCGGGAAGAAGUCCGACUCCAGGGAAGAAGACAGCAAAGAGGCCAAAUCCACCGACCCGGACAGCACGGGAGGACCGGGCCCGAACCCCGUGCCCACCUCCAACUGCGGCGGACCGAGUCCAACGGGCGGCCAGGUGAACAGCAGCGGCGGCGCGCAGGUGGAUCAGGUGAAGACCUCGGUGGCAGCCGGCAUGGGCGCCACCGCGCCGGGCCAGGGCUGGGCCACCGCCCCGGGCGCCAUCACCUCUAUCCCGGACUCGUUGGGCGGACCGUUCGCCAGCGUGCUGUCGUCUUUGCAGAGACAGAACGGCGCCAAAGCCACGUUAGUAAAGACCAGCAUGUUCUAA